AUCCAAAAAUGAUAAUAACUACACACAGAAAGAACCAACAAAAAAAAAAAAGCUGAUUAUUUUACAUCUCUUUGGCUAAGUGCAAGUCUCUUUUUGACACUGAAAUUUCCAGAAAAAGUGAGAGCUGUGCUAUGUGGACAGAUGUAUUGACUGAGAGAAAUAAGUGAUGCUGAAGAAAGUCAAUUUGUCAGACUUGUAGUAUUAGACUAAAAGAGGUUCAUCUCCAAGAUACUAUUGCUUCCUGCUCGGAACUAGUUUUUAGUAUACAAUUUGGGAUCUAAGUGAAAACUUUGGCAUACUCACUCAACAUUUGAAAGAAAGACCAGUUUUAAAAACUCCUCUCUCUUUGUGCCUUCAAUCUCCAGUUCAGCUAGGGACAGAAGAAAGAAGCGAGCAUGGCAGGGGGGUCACUUGUUCCAGCUGGGGUGGCCAAAGAGAGAGCUGAAGAAUACCAAGGGAGAGUCACCCCUUAUGUGAUCAUUGCUUGUCUGGUUGCUGCUAUCGGAGGAUCCAUAUUUGGAUAUGACAUUGGAAUUUCAGGUGGGGUUGCAUCAAUGGAUGAAUUUCUCCAUCGAUUUUUCUACACCGUGUACAAAAACGAAAAGCAUGCACAUGAAAACAACUAUUGCAAGUACAAUAAUGAAGGUCUUGCAGCAUUUACCUCAUCUUUGUACCUAGCUGGUUUGGUUGCAUCUCUUUUAGCCUCGCCUGUAACCAGGAAGUGUGGCCGUAAGAGAAGUAUAAUUUAUGGUGGAAUCAGCUUCCUGAUUGGAGCAGCCUUCACUGCCGGAGCUAUCAACCUUGCUAUGCUUCUUUUGGGCCGUAUCAUGCUGGGCGUUGGUAUUGGCUUUGGAAAUCAGGCAGUUCCGUUGUAUUUGUCUGAAAUGGCACCGGCACAUCUCCGAGGUGGGCUAAACAUGAUGUUUCAAUUAGCAACAACUCUUGGAAUCUUCUCAGCGAACAUGAUUAAUUACGGAACUAAUAAGAUCCACCCAUGGGGAUGGAGGCUUUCUCUUGGUCUAGCUGCAGCACCAGCUUGCUUGAUGACGGUAGGAGGCUUGCUCCUUCCGGAGACACCAAACAGCUUAAUUGAACGGGGGUUGGAAGAAAAAGGAAGAAAAGUGUUGGAAAAAAUAAGAGGAACUCCAAAUGUGAGUGCAGAAUUUGAAGACAUGGUGGAAGCAAGCAAAUUGGCUAACUCCAUCAAGCAUCCAUUCAGAGACAUUCUAAAGAAAAGGAACAGACCACAGCUGGUGAUGGCAAUCUUCAUGCCAAUGUUCCAGAUUCUGACAGGCAUAAAUUCAAUACUCUUCUAUGCCCCUGUCCUGUUCCGAAGCAUGGGGUUCAAGGGAAAUGCUUCCCUGUACUCCUCGGCUUUGACCGGAGCUGUUCUUGCAUCAUCAACACUGGUCUCCAUGGCAACGGUAGACAGAUGGGGUCGAAGAUUUCUAUUGAUUGGUGGAGGCAUUCAAAUGAUCACAUGCCAGAUUAUUGUUGCCAUAAUAUUGGGCCUCAAAUUUGGCAACAACAAGGAACUGUCAAAAGGCUUUUUAGUCCUCGUGGUGGUGGUCAUUUGCCUUUUUGUUGUGGCCUUCGGAUGGUCUUGGGGUCCGCUUGGUUGGACCGUGCCAAGUGAAAUAUUCCCAUUGGAGACGCGCUCGGCAGGACAAAGUAUUACAGUGGCAGUCAAUCUUCUCUUUACUUUCAUCAUAGCACAAUCAUUCCUCGGGCUCCUCUGUGCUUUCAAGUUUGGGAUUUUCCUCUUCUUCGCUGGCUGGAUCACCAUCAUGACAAUAUUCGUUUAUAUAUUUCUACCAGAAACAAAAGGAGUGCCCAUAGAAGAGAUGAUACUGUUAUGGCAAAAGCAUUGGUUCUGGAAGAAGAUUGUAUCUGAGAAUCCAGAAGUUGAAAAGAAUAAUGAGUAAUGACAGGAAGACUAGUAUAGUUUCAUGAAAUCACUAAUCAGAAAAUUAAGGUGAAAAAAAUGGAAUGCAUCAGAACGUCAAUGAAAGCACGAGACAAUAACAGUUAGAGCUGUUUCUUCA